AUGGAAAGGGACAGAGACCGAGACCGAGAUCGAGACCGGAGGUUUGCUGCACCCAUUUCAGAUGACAGAUACUCCAACACCUACCGUCCUCGUUCCCCGAUCCCUCGUGGCGACAGCUACCGCGCUGGUCGUUCACCUCCCCGAGGCCGUGGCGUAUUAGCUGCCGAUACAUAUACUCCAGGCGGGAGACCUCCAAGGCCCAGGAGCCGUUCUCCAGGUUUCCGACGUCGUUCACGGAGUCCUAGGCGGGACGACGACCGAUGGAGAGCAAGGCCUCGAUCACCACCACGACGACCAUACUCUCCUCCUCCUCGACGUGACGACUAUAGAAGUGACCGUGGACGUUCCCCCAGGAGGGAUGGAUAUGACUCGUAUACACGAUCGCCGCGAGUGCGCGACCGCUCCCUACCACCAAGAGAUCCUUCGCCAGCUAGAAGUCGUGGAAUGCGCUCGCCCCUCCGUCCCAGCAGAUAUGACGAGCCGCGCUCCCGCGCUCACAGCCCCUACCGCCGGUACUCUCCUCCACGCGAUACUCGUGAUACUCGCGACACUCGAGACAAUCGUGACAUCCGUGACACUCGGGAUUCUCGUGAUGUUCGCGACGCCCGUGACUCUCGAGACCCUCGCGACUAUCGUCGAAGAUCACCUUCCCCACCGAGACGUGAGCGACAAGACCCAUAUACUGCAGAUACUUGGAGGCGAAGGUCACCAUCACCGGCCAGACCAUUCCAGUCCAACGAUGUCUCCGGACGGGAAUCUGCAGCUACCUCACGACGAUCAUCUCCACCUCCGGUCCAUCCUAGCAGGAUAGCGAUCAUACCUGACGAAAGGCCCAUCCGAGAGCCUGUUUCCGCGCCCCGCUCUCCACUUCCAAUCCGAGAACGAGAUGAUCGAGAGCGUGACCGAGAGUACGAUAGGGAUCGGGAUUUUGCCCGGGAUCGUGAGCGAGAGCGCGAGCGCGAGAGAACACGCGAGAGGUCUCCUCCUCGCAUCCGUGAUGCCCCACCUACUGGCCCUCGUAGUGAUCGGGAAUUUGCGCCACCUUCAGGACCUUCGGCGACCAGGAACGGAGACAGUAACUUUCCACGAGCGCCGCCGACUGGACCUGCCAACCGCGGAUAUACUGCACCUGCUCAAUCGCCCCCAGUUGGACCCUCGAAUACCGCCCCUCAACCUCCUGCUUUUCCACGCGCUGGUAAUCCUAUUUUGGCUGCUCCUACUCGGCCGUCAGGUCGCGGUCGUGGAGGUUUUGGAUACGAUGCGCCUCGUGACUUUGCUCCUAGACGUGGUUCUGCGCACUGGGGUGGUCGAGGAGGUGGUGGCGGCUUCUACGGUGGUCCGCCCUCUGGACCUCGAGGAGCUCCUAGUGGACCUGGCGGUGGAUCUGGUCCAAGUCCUGGGCCUGGUGCUGGCCCUGGCACUAGCCCGGCUUCUGCUUCUUUCAAUGCUCCCUUCCGCGGAUCGACAAAUAGUACCUCGACGACUUAUCCACGCACCCAACGGUUCCGUGACCAUCUCUCUGAUCUGCCGAAGGAGAUUCCGGGAGGGCAAAAGGCACCUGACUUGUAUGACCACAGCAAGAUCAACAAACUAGAAGACGAAGCACGUAGGUUGAGGGAGAUGAUCGAAGCGAAGGAGGCAAUCAAGCGGCAACGUCUGAAGGAGUGGGACGGACUAGAGAAGGACGCGAACAAUGCAGCCUUGAGAGCCGACCUUGCUGAACAGCAACUGAGAUCUUUGAACGGAGAGGGCGAAGUUGGCGGAGCUGCUUUCUAG